UUGCCAUGCUCCUGUUUCCUGCUCCUGCUGCUAGCUAUCGGCUGCUAUAAAGUUGGUAGUUUAGACUAGGCGCACGUAGACGCUAGUCUAUACUCCAUGCGUUGCACGUUAUGUAUAUUGUAUUGUGAAUCUUCUCCGUAAUGUGUUUAUGUUUCAUCGAACACAAAUGAUAAAUCUCAUUUAGAUUAAAAAUAAUCAAAUUUAGGCCUUCUUUAUAUUUAUGUAAAUCAGAAUAACAAAUGUUUCAUUCAAAGAUAUCCACAUUUUUACGAAACAUAGCAAAUAACAGCUUAUAUCAAAAGGGACAUAAUAAUUUCUUACCAUGCUCGUUAUUUUCAACGGAACUUUCACAUGUCGAUUCUUCAAAUAUUGAUGAGUCUGUUCCUGAUAAAUUGUACAAAAAACUCGAAAUUGAAGUCAGAGGACAUGAUCCUGUGGUUUUAGAAAGUUAUGGAAAGUUUGCUGUUAUGGCAGCGACACAUUUAAAUAUUACUGUUGGUAGAAAUGUGAAGCCACUGAAAGCUAUCCAUAAAAGAUACACUCUACUAAAGUCCGUUCAUGUUUACAAAAAACAUCGUGUUCAAUAUGAAACGAGGACAUACUUUAGAUAUCUUGACUUUUUUCGUUUAACUGGUUCAACAGCGGACACUUUUCUAGAAUAUCUCCAAAGGAAUCUUCCAGAAGGAGUAGCAAUGAAAGCUACAACGGUUGAAUUGCAAACCUUACCUGAAUCAAUUAAACAAGCGUCAUGUACAGAAGAAUAAUAGAUGGGAACAUCAUUAUGUUUAUUGUAGUUUUAAUUGAAUAAACUGUGCAACUUUGUUGAGUA